AGUUACGUGUGGUCGUGUUGACAAGAUGCCGCCGAAGAAAAGGAAAGCGAGUGGAAAGAGGGCUGUACCACCCAAGAUACUUGGGCCGCAGUUGAGUGCUGAGCAGAAGAUUGAGUUAAAACAAGCAUUCGACCUGUUUGAUUUGGAUGGAGCUAAUGAAAUGGAUGCGUCACAGUUGAAGAUGGCCAUGGUCACACUCGGCACGCCCGAGUGCACAGACAAAGAAAUCGAUAGCAUUAUAGAGGACUUUGACGCAGACGGCAGCGGCAAAAUCAAUUUUCAGGAUUUUGUUAUCAUAAUGACUGGAAAAUUGAGUGAGAAAGAUGGUAUGCAGGAUAUUCUCACUGCGUUUAGCCUGUUCGACGACGACAACACAGGAAAAAUUACUCUAAAGAAUCUGAAAAAGGUUGCGCUCGAGCUGGGUGGCGAUAUGCAAGAAGCCGAGUUGUUGGCAAUGAUCAAAGAGGCUGACACGAACAAUGAUGGCGAAGUUAGCAAGGACGAAUUUAUCAAUCUCAUGAUGAAAGUUUCCUUAUAGCCGUUUGGCGAGUGCAAUCAAUGGCUUUUAUAAGUCCUCCAAGAUGUAUGUACUCAUCACACUCACAUCCUACAGCACGAAUCCCAUGAUAGUCGCCCGCUGCUGUGUCUCAGAAGUAGAUUGUAUCCACAUGCCUCAUUGUUACCUUACUGUUAUGCACAGCGAAGUGUCUAAUGUAGUAGAAGCACGAGAACACUUAUACGUGCAGAAGGUCCGCCAUUAUUACAGGCGUGUUAUCAGUAUUGUUGGCUGGUGACACGCGGCCUGUGGUUCACUUGGGUUACUGAGAGUACCGAACUCUAUGAGCGGUGGUUCGGAUAAAUUACGUGCCCUGUGAGGGCGAGAAUCUCAGGUUCGACAAUUCUUUUCUCGCACUUUGUGAGCUCGGAAUGGAUGAGUGCAAUUCGCAGUCACACGGAGUUUCAAUCCAGCCGUACCGUCGAUCUAUCCACAUAUAAUACGCCAGAGACUAUAGGCAUAGAGCGCACAGCAGCUUACAUUGAUAAGUGAGAUAAAAGCAGCUUUCGGCCUGACAACCUCGUUUGCAGCAACGAUUGCUCUUGACCAACAUGCAUACUACAGGUUCUGAUAUUCGAAAAUGGACACGGUGUUCGACUUUCGAAGCGCUGGUAUGGCUCGCCACUUCUGCAGCCCCUGGUAUGAUGAUAACGGCCCAAGGGUCUUAUUGAGAAACGAGUGAUCGGACAAGUGAUCGACAUCCUUAUACCGGGGUUUUAUUGGGAAAAUUUCUCGGUCGAAUAUGCUUUCAAAUUCUUAUAAGCGCACCUGUACAUGGCGGGACGAAUGCAGAAGGCGUACAAUAAAGAGACCUGUAUUAAGCUUAGAAUUGUGUGUCUUCCAGUCUUUC